AAUGAUGUGCACAUUUAGAUUUUUCCCAGACUAGGCCAAAAAAAUCAAAGGCUUCAGCCCUUUCUCGUAACAAUCUGAAAACAUUUCCCCCCAUCUGAACAGAGGGCGGCCAACACAGAAGAGUUAAGGCAGCCUUCAGGCUCCAGCAGUGACAAGUCCGGCGGCUUUGCUAUUCAGAAAAAUCAUAGUUCGCCAAUCCUUGAUUCGGGAUGUCACAAUCUUCUUCAAAAAGCAAGAACACAAAUGACUUCUGUGUGGGAGUAUUGUGAUUGAGGAUAUGAAAAUGGAAUCAUGUCACAGCUGUUUUAUUUAGACUUCCAAAUAUUAUGUAAAAGUAGCAAAACAUGCACGCAAUAAAGGCUGCACGCUCUAUGCGAACAUUUUCCCUUGUUACUUGCAAUAAUUCUAGAGGACGGAAGGCAGGGAUUAGGCGUUCGAAGGAGGAGAGAAAAUCUAUGGUUGAGACCUUUAUACAAAAAUAUCAAAAGUCAAACUGCGGGAACUUUCCUACAAUUAAUCUUACACACAAGGAAGUUGGUGGCUCAUACUACAUAGUACGGCAAAUUGUUCGAGAAAUUAUCCAAGAAAACAAAGUUUUGGGUCCCACUAAGCUACAUCCUGAAGAUCAUCCCGACCAAAUCUCCCUGGAACGAUUUUCAUUAGGAAGUGACAAUACAGUUGAUAAGGACAAAGCAAGUGGACUUCCGGUUUAUACAGAGUCACUGGCAAGAGAGAUCCCCGAAGGUGUUUUUCAAGAACCAAACAGACAUGAAAGGAUAGAAAUACCAGAAGCUUCAAGUGUUGUUGAUGUUGCAGUUGAAAAGUUUCCAACAAAGGCCACCUCUAUUCCAAUUGAUAAUAUUGAAGAAAAAAUAGGUGAUGCUCCCAUUAGAACCAAGAGAGAACAGGACGGGAGGAACUUCUUAGAAAAAACUUAUGCUUUGGUGAAUGAGAAUGUUUCUGAAACUCUUGAAAGUCAAGCAGUGGAAGGAAAAACUGAUGUUGUGAAUAAGGAAACAGUGCAUCAGGAGUUUGGAAAGUCAUCUUUGCAAAAUUUAACUUCCUCUAGAGACAAAUUAGCAAGUGGUGCUGUGAAUGCCGAGAAUACAUAUGCUGCUACAAUUGAGAGCUCAAAUGGCAGUUCCCACAAAAUAUUGGUUGCUGAGGAAUCUCUUACAAUCAACAAUACACCUACUGCUCCACAAACUGGUACACACCUGAAAGAUCGCGCUUCUCCAGAGAAUAUUGAAACACAGAAGAUUGAAACGAAAGAAUCCAGCAAAUCAGAAAUCAAUCCUGUGGUGGGCUUAAUGAAGUCCUUCUAUACUGCUUUUGUAAAAUUCUGGACUUAAGAAUGAUGAUACAUGAAUGUAUCUACUCCAAAUUUUGGCUGGAUGAGCUUGUAUUCCUGACUUCCCAGUAAAAUCUUUGUUAGAUUAUUAUGGCUUUCCAGAGGUAGCAAUGUAUGUGAAUAUACAUCUCAAUGUUUGUGUAUAAAACGAGUCGAGGCGAGUCUGGUUGGGUCAUGUGGUCAGACGAGUCUCGACCGCCUUCAUAUGCUCGGUGUGGCGUAUUUCAACGGACGGUGGAGAGAUGGUCGGGAUCUGAUCCAAAGGUGCCCAGAAGAGGAUCUUUUGAUUCCUUACUUGUUUCCAUCUAAUUGUGAUUUAUUAGAUUCCACAGGAUUAGAGACUAGGAGAUGAAGAAAGAACAUAGGAUUCUAUUCUAUGCUCCCAGAAUCUGCAUUGUCCUGGAGACAAAGAACACAUGGAUCCCAAAAUGGAAUGCCAUCUCUUCUGGUUAUCGCUUUCCCUUCUCUGACCAUUAUUAAUGCCCCUUGCCCAUCUUCACCAUUUCAAGGCAGACAGCCGUAUCUUUCUUAUUUACUGUCUUGCGGCUAUUUUAUAUAUAAAAAUAUAUAUGAAUUUUCUACCCUACAUUCAGAUCAGAAGAUUCAACUGCAUCUGUUUUUUUGUAGCUUGUGAAGAGUACACUUGUAAUAACUCCCUAAAACUGUACGAUUAUUAUUGUUUUUUAGUAUUCAACUCUCUGAACAACUUCACAAAACAUUUUGCCGCAUUAUUUUAUUGGGGCGCCAGUGCCUAGGCGGCUAGGUGGGCG